CAAUUCACUAUAAUGAAAAUGGGGAUCCAUAAUACCACCUUCUCCUCUAUAUGUUCAGUUUCCCGUAAUAUAAUGGCAUUUCCACUGAAACUCCACACUUUUUAAGCCGCUGUUUGAAACAGUAUGAAGUUUCAAUGGAAAUGUCAUUGUUUUCUGUAGGAAUAGGAACGUUAAACAGAGGGAUUGUUUGACUGUUGACGCUAUUCAAAUAGCAAGAUAUUUUGCCGAAAUUUGCUCGUUUAUAAAAUUAUAUUAUAAAUUAUGAAAUAUUCAGUGCAGAAUGUUAUAGUGAUUAUAGUUUAUCCAACAUGAAAAAAUAAUCAAGAAUUAUCACAAAGUAUUUUUGUAAUAAUGAAAUGAUUUAAAUCAUUAUUUAGUAAGAAUGAAAAGAAUUUUAUAAAGAGCAAACAAAGAUAAAACAAUUCCGACGAAUAAUCGAAGGGCCAUUCCUCAUAAUUGAAGAAGCGCACAAUGAAUGAAAUCAUCAAUAUGGUUAAAAACGAAAAAAUUCGCAAAGAAAUAGAAGAUUUGGUAAAAAACAUCGUUACAGAUUUAAUUUUUCUUGAAGAUAACACUUUUGAGCUUUCAGCUAAAGAAUACUGCAGUAAGAUAAUUAAUGGAGCUCUACUCUCACCUGAUGUUCAGACAGUAGUAGUGGAACCAUCUCUACCUACAACAGCUCCAGUUGCAUCCCAUUUUUCUGAAGAAAAAAUAUUACCAGUCAAGACAGAAAACGAACCUUCACAUCGAAAUAUAUCACCAGAUAAUCCUGUAAAUGUAGUAGAAUGUGGAAUCAAAAACCAAUCUCCCACAAAUUAUGGGCUCUUCGUGGAAUAUCCAUCAGAAAAUAUUAUGAAAACUGGUUCAAUUGUACAAGAUGAAGAGAAAACUGAUUCCACGAAUGUUGUAACUCAUCAGUUCACGUCUGAGCCAAACGUGGACAAAACGUUAGAAGUGGAAGCGAGAAAACGACCUACAAAAAUAAAUACCAAGUUAAAAAAGGACCCGUGCAACAUAGUGGAGUGCGAAACGAAAUUCAACAAACAUCUCGAAGAAUUCGUCAUCGAUGGCGAAGUUAAAGCGGAAUUCGAGAACGAAACAACACUAACGCGUAAGAAGAGAAUUAAAAUUAAUCCGGACAUCCUGGCCAAAAUAGAAACAGCAAAAAGAAGAAAGGUUCUGGAAAAACUGCUAGCUAGACCCAGCGAGAAAAUAAAAAGUCUGCGUGGCGAGAUCGCGGAUUACCAGCCUGAAAAAGAAAAGUUAUUACCUCCGGAAUCGAAAAUAAUACAAGAGAAAAGUCAGAUUAACAUAUUCCAACAUCCCAUUUGUCAAUGUACUUCAAACUGUAAUUGUGAAGAAAGUUGCAAGUAUGAUACAUCAUAAUUAACUAAAUGUUGCAAGAUUAAUUCAAACUACUUAUUAAACAUUACAGUCGAAAACAUCUAAAUAAGAUAAUGACGACAAAAAAUUUCAUAACUAUCACCAUAAAUUGCAAGAAU